AUUAUUAAUAGGCUAUAGUUUACCCGGAUCGUCGGAAAAAAAUAAUUUUCAGUAGGUGAAACAUUCCUUAUAUUUUCGUUUUUAAAAGGCUGCCAAAAUCUCGUCUCUUAAACCCCGAUAGUUUCGCUUACUGUGAACGGAUUGAAGCAGCAGGUGAAGGGAGAGUGGUUUUUUGUUCGUCUCAGUGUAAAAAAAUUCUGUUGUGGUAGGGUUUCGAAAUAUUUUUCCUGCAGACUCUGCCUAUUUUUUCUCAUCAGCUUUGUUGACAGCACAACACAGUUUGCGCAGAAUCUUGGGGAAAUAGCUUACAACUGCAUUCCUUGAAGAAUUUUGAAGGAUCAAGGAAAAGUACUUUUUAGCGAGCUUGAUUGGGUUGGGAGAAUGGCUCACCGCAUCUUGCAGGCUUUUCAGAGAUCACAGUUAGCUGCUUCUUCAUCUGCAAGAGCCAGGGCACCAUAUGGUUUGGGCAUACAAAAGCAGCUUUCAACAAUAGGAGAAGACUCUGACACUCAUAGUGAUUUCAGAUCUAUAAAUAAGGCUCCAAGUGAUGCUCCUUCAGCACGUGAGUUGGUGGAGAAGGACGUGAAAGAAAAUCCUAUAAUGCUAUAUAUUAAGGGAGUUCCAGAUGCUCCUCGUUGCGGCUUCAGUAAAUUAGCAGUUAGUGUUUUGCAACAAUAUGGUGUUUCAUUCAGCUCAAGAAAUAUACUGGAAGAUUCAGAACUUAAAGAAGGAAUUAAAGCUUUCAGCAAUUGGCCCACGUUUCCACAGAUCUUCAUAAAAGGGGAGUUUGUAGGAGGUUCGGACAUUAUUUUAAACAUGCACCAGUCUGGAGAACUGAAGGAAAAGCUAAAGGAUCUCAUGCCAAGUAAAUAAUUUAGAGGAACACAGAAACCUUGUGAAAUUAUCUCAUUUCAGAUAGAAAAAUUGCAUGUAUUGACUCUCAAAAAUUGAAUCAAGCUGAGGUUUUUAUGGUUGUCACUGUUUUCAAGCAUCGGCCUGUUCAUUCAGACAGUGUUCGAUUUGUAUCAUAGUUUUAGCCUCUGAGAUUUAAUCAAUAUUUUUUAUACGGUAUCUUAAUUUGCAUGUGCAGCCUAAUGAGAUACUUUAGCAGCUGCUGUAUUGCUAGAAAUAGUUUGAUAUGCAUAUUCUAGCUUCUUAGAGGCACUCACAAAACACAUAAGGUGAAAGGCCUGUUUGAGGGAGGAUUAGUUCCUAGCUGUGUUUUGGGGGAAAAUUGAUUGGUCACAGUAACAAUCUCAUUAUGAACUAUAUUAUUAAAGUGAAUAUUCAUUCGGGCCUUGCCAUGGGGAAGAAGAAAUAAAUGAGUUUAUAUUUUGUUUUA